UAGUUCAACCAUUAGGAAUGAAUUUUACAAUUCUUUUAUCAAUUUAUAACACGACUCAACAUAUUAGUAGUUUAUAAGUCCAAAUCGAACCAGAUAAUGCAUCGAUACGCAACCAAAUCUGCCAGUUCGAUCGGAUUUUUAAAACCUUACUCUUUCAAGUUUGGGAGUAUUUUUAUUUUAUUUUUGCGUCGAUUCGCUUAAGAAAUGUUUGCGAAAACUGGAUAUUUUUCCAAUAAAUCCCAAUUCUUAUCCCUUUCUACUAAUUUUACUGAAAAUCUCUCUCUCUCUCUCUCUCUCUCUCUCUCUCUCUCUCUCAGCUCUGCGUCUGAAACUGUGGUUCCGCUCAUCACAUUUCCGAUGGCAUCCGCGGUGGUUCCGUUUUCUAUCUCCGGAGGAAAUCAUGCAAAGACUAGCGGUAUUUCGAUGGCGAACUCCGGUGGUUUGGUGAAGGCGCAGCUGUUAGCAAUUCGAAGCAAGGCUCGCACUCGCAACAACCGUGAUUUGUCCGUUUGUGCUGAGUAUAAUGACCGCAAUGGUGGAAAUGGUGCUGAUUUUGCAGCUGGCUUCAUUAUAGGAGGUGCAGUAUUUGGAACACUCGCAUAUAUUUUCGCUCCACAGAUAAGAAGAUCUCUGCUAAAUGAAGACGAAGCUGGAUUCAGGCGGGCCAAGCGUCCGGCAUACUAUGAUGAAGGUUUAGAGAAAACCCGGCAGACCUUAAAUGAGAAAAUCGGCCAACUCAACUCAGCUAUUGACAACGUCUCCACCCGUUUGAGAGGCGGCAAUAAUCUGCCCCAGGUGCCUGACGAGAGUCUUGAGACUGAUGCAGAGGAAGCUGCACUGUAAGAACUGGUUUUCUUACAUCUCCAUGGUUGCAGCAUGUUCGAUCUUUCCCGUUUUAAUAGUUGGUUUGUUGAGCAUGUGAAUGGAUGCUUUCAGUGCAUAACAGUUUAUCUCCUUUGGCAAACUUCAUUAUGAGUAGGAAGAACACCUCAACUUUAGAAAUUAUUUGUUCAUGGCAUAUUUGAGGAGCUUAUUUUCUACUACUAUUUGACAUUUUGUUUUCCUAAUAAAGAUUGUGGUACCGUA